ACGUUUUUGACGUGUCGAGCAAAGAGUAUGUAAAAUAAUAAAUGGUGACUGGAGAGAGAGCUUGAUUGACACUUCUGUCUUCUGUCUGUCUGACACUGACUGAGAAAAACAGAGAAAAGAGAAGCCAAAAAUUCAACACUUCCAUCCCUUUUGUUAUGAAAACAUGACCAUGAAUUUUGAAGCACUAUGUCGACUAUGCGCAAAGGAAGACGAAUUUACAAAAGACCUGCUACACGAAAGCAAUCAGAAUCUCCUUAAAUUAAUAAAAGAAUUUGUACAUAUUGUUAUCAGUGAUAACGACGAAUUACCUACAAAAAUAUGCCUGAACUGUGAAGAAAAAAUGGUCGAAUUUCAGUUAUUUGUUUUGGAAUGUUUUAAAGUUCAAAACACAUUAAAAGAUAUUCAUAGGAAUCUAAAUAUAAAGCAAGAACAUGUAGAAGUCAUAAUUAGUCCAUCCAUUAAGUCUGAGGUUAAAGAUGAAUUAAUGCCAGAAGACAUAGUAAGUGUUAUAAAUCAUGGUCCGUCAUUAGAUGAAAUGGCCGGUGUCAUUGUUGAAAAUGAAAACAAUGAUGAUAAUAAGGAUAAAAAUUAUAAUAAAUAUGACAAUGAUGAAGAUGAUGACGAAGAGUACGAAACGGAUGAUGAUGAUGAUGAUGAAGAUGAUGAGUAUCUAGAGGAUGUUUCAAUAGCAGAAUUGAAACAAAUAAAAAAGAAACGUAUAAAAAGAAAAUCAUUGACCGAAGAAGAAGCAGUUGAGUUUCAAAAAGUACUCGAAAAGUCAAAUAUUAAAGUUAAAGAUAUAGUUAAAUUAAAAUGCGAUGUUUGUAAGGAGUCGUUCAAGUCUUGGAGUGCUCUAGGCAUGCACUACGCAAAGAGCCACAAGAGUAAACCGCUCGUAUUCUGCAUCUGUGGCUUCGUUAUUCGGUCAAAGAGCGUACUCUACAAACACGUAUCCGAUCACAAAAUAGAAAGUAGGAAAUUUAGAACCGCCACAGAUUCCGAUGGGGACAAACUGGAUGAUGCCAAGUAUUCGAGCCUUAAUGUUAAAGAUUUUAUUAAUUUUGUAUGCAAGCAUUGUAACAAAGAAUGUUCGAGUUGGUACACUCUGAAGGCGCACUGUCAGCGGGAGCACAACACCUUGCCUUUUGUUAAUUGCGUCUGUGGGAUAACGCUUAAAUCUAAGUCUGUUUUGUAUAAACAUGUUCAGGAUCAUAAAAAUCCCAAUUUCCUAGCCUGCGAUAAAUGUCCGAGGAUAACAAAGACUAUAGAAGCAUUAACGAAGCACAAAAUGAGACACGUACCAAAGUCUGAGCGUCGGUUUUGUUGCACAACUUGCAAUAAGACAUUCAACAGUCGAGAGACUUUGAAGUCGCACGAGAGAUCGCAUAUACCAAUAGAAGAGAGGAAAGUAUUCAGAUGUGAACUGUGCGAUCUCAAGUUCACAACGCGGUCAUCUGCGGCGUCGCACAAGCGCGUGGUGCACGAUAAGAUCAAGAGCUACGUGUGCGACCUGUGCGGGUACGCGUGCGGCACCAACGGCGAGCUGCGCCAACACCGCGCCAUACACAGCGACGACAAGCCCUACGUCUGCCGCAAGUGUUCCAAACCUUUCAAGACGUAUUCGAACCUGAAGACGCACAUGGACACCCACGAGGAGACAUCGUACGCGUGCUACGUGUGCAGCCGCGUGCUCAACAGUCGGCGCACGCUGCGCAAACAUCUGCUCGUGCACGAGGACAAGUGCCGGCACGUCUGCUCCUACUGCAACAAGGCCUUCAAGCGCAAGCAGACAUUGAAGGUGCACAUGUACAUGCACACGGGCGACAAACCGCUGACGUGCAAGUGGUGCGACGAGAGGUUCGCGUACGCGUCCACGCUGCGCUCGCACCGGCUGCGUUGUCACGCGGACAAGAUGGCGGCCAACCACCCGCACGCACAUGCGCAUGCGCACACGCACGCUCCCCUGACAACGCACGCGCCGCCCUACGACGCGCUCGCGCACGCUAUACAUCAGGAAUUUAUGAAAAACGACGCAACGGGAGCUGUACCUAAGAAUGAAGUGGAGGCUAUAUAAAUUAUGAGAACAUCGUGGAAGAUUUUUUCUUGAUUUAUCCUUGGAGUAUGUUAUAUUUUUGUAUUAGGACAAAGACUUAUGUUUUAGGUUAUUUUUAUUCUUAGACAUAUCAAGUUCAUUUAUUAUUUAUCUAUAAAGAACACGAGCAGCUACGUAGUUCUUUUUAUAAUAUUAUUAUACAUAUAAUUCAUUUCAAUAUAUUCAUAAAUAUUAAACUGUAAGAGAAUUGAUUUUCACAAUAUUGAUAUAACGACAUUUGUAUUUUGAAUUGUUGAUAAUUUUAAAAUAAUAUAACGUUUGGGCAAAUUGUUAAAAAUUUCAUCACAGGUACAGUGGCGUCCACUGGCGGUAGGUAACUCUGUAGUAGUUAUCUUUUGAACAUCUCGUAUGACUUAAAAACAUUGUUAAUUGUUGUAAUAAUAGCAUAUUCCACAUUAUAUUAAGUCAGAAGUACAAUGCAGGCGACAAACUGUAAGAAGAAUGCGGAUUUUCACUGAAAGGAACCAGACUAUCUGUAAGUUAAAUAGCGCAAGCGGAAGCCACAGUACAUAUGGAAAAAUAUUUACAGCUAUAAUAGAAACUUAUCACAGAAAAGGUUUUAAAUUCUCGAUGUAUUUUGUCGCUGGUAAACAUACCUCUUUUAUUGUAAAUAUCUUUACAUCACAAUUAUCACAAAUAUUUUUAAUAGCAAAGUUUUAAAACUCAUGUAUGUAUUAUAUUAGACUAGUCUAAGCUCAUCACACCAGUGACGUCAUAAUUUUUACAAAUAUGGAGCCCUCGUUUAUUUCGUUUCGAGUGCUUCCCGUUCUCAAAGAUAUUUUUUUUCCAUUAGGCCGAUUGAAACUAUGGAUUUAUUCUGGCCAAUGAAAAAAAGCUCACUUAAGCCGAUUGAUCGACAAACUAAUCGGUCUAACGGGAAUCACCCGUUAUUUCUAGAAUAUAAACCUUUUUAAUCUUCCGUGAAAUCCAUUUUUAGAUUUCAGUACUUUUGUACAAAGUUGAUUCAUAUGUCCAGCUCCAUGUUAAAAUUAAGAAAAGUAUUUUUGUGUUGUUUAUAUACUUAGUUAUUCAUCUACGAUGAAGUCUGUGGAAUGUUUUACACAUUUUGCUGUAUCUUUAUAAGUAUAGAAAUUUGUUUCUUAAAUAAAGAAUUUA